UAUGUCUUAACCGUCCACCGUAUUACUCUUUGUUUAAAAGGCUUAACACGGUAAUUUGCAAGUAGAUCACUUUUCUUUUUAACUAUCAUCGUCAUAGACCUUUUCUACAUAUAUAUCACAACCAUAAUCAUUUAAUAAUGCGCAUUUUUUUCUAUUUCCUUGACUAGGUAGUUUACAACUUCAUCAAUCUGUAUUCUAGCUUGGAAUCGUCUUUUCUCUAUACCGGCUAUAUCAACCAUACCAAUUAAUAUGGAUCCUGGAUAUCUUGAUCGCACCCCAUCCGUAGACCCGCCUCCAGGGCGAGAGCCUAACUUCACCGAUCCCGAAUCAAGGUCCCAUCAGCUAUACAUUCUAAUAGCUGUACUCUCCCCUAUUGUCUUUAUAGUUGGUUCUUUGCGUAUAUACUCCCGUCUGAGGAUAACCCGCUCGUUCGGCGCCGAUGAUUGGAUCUGUAUUGCUGCGACGAUUCUUACUUUAUCUUACUCUGCCUUGAUCCUUAAACUUCUCUGGAAGCCAGGUGGUGGUAUAAUAGGAAUCCAUUUCUGGGAUGUACCAAUUUCGCAUUACAUUGAGUACGAGAAAGGUGCCCUGGCCGACUACGUUCUUUUUCGCAUUGCCCAUACUACAACUAAGGUCGGUUUCCUAGUGUUCUACCUUCGGCUAUUCCGCCCCGUGAGCUAUGUAAGAUUCAUGGUAUGGGCUGGUAUAAGUGUGGUGAUCACCUUUUGCGUCGUUAACGUUGUCGUUCCCCUUGUUGCAUGCUCCCCUUGGCCAAGUGAGCACGGCGAUUGGAUCGCCCCGUCUCUCAUUGAUCGAUGCUAUCCAAUAUCGAUUAAUCUAAGAACCGCCGCCGCUUAUUUUUCUGUGAUUACAGACUUUUACGUCUGGUUCAUCCCCCUCCAUCAGAUACCAAGCCUAGGCCUUUCCCCAAGGAGAAAGGUAGGCGUCAGCUUAGUCUUUCUCACAGGUUUACUUGCUACUGGUGCUGCAUUGGCCAGUCUGAUCAUCCGACAAGACAAGAAGCUAUUCGAUCUAUCAGAUUUCUCCUGGACUAUAGUCCCUGUGUACGCUACUAGUAUUGUUGAGAUCAACGUUGGUCUCAUUUGCCUUUCGUUGCCAAUCAUCUUUGUCCAGUUCGUAGGCCGCUUCACGAACCUUAGUAAAUCCGUACGUUCCUGGAUUCGGGAACGGCGCAGCCAUCACCAGAGUUCAAACGAGAGUUCCCCGAAUCUUACGCCCAGUGACAACGUAGCACCUCAUAUUCCAUCCGUACAGAGCGAUACAGGUUUAUCAGGGAUGCGAUCUUUCCCUGAUGAAGAAAACGAACACUCGGCGGAGCGAUCCUCAGAGGGAAUAUUGGAACGCCAAUUUGUUUGACAACCUGCUUGGUUUAUCAUCGAUUAACUAGUCGCACUUGGUAUAUGUACGUAUGUGGCAUGCUCCCCAGGCGAAAAUUAGUCUGCAUCUAUCUUCAGUUUAUCAACUCCACGCAACGGUACCUUUGACGAGGUACUACAACUUUACCUUAUAAAGUCGACUAAGUCCUGGCAGAAGAACCAUCUCUUGUUUUCUAUUCCUUUCUGGUGUAUUGAUGGUGGGAUACCCUGGGACAAUGGCCGGGGCAAUUCUAUUAGUAAAAUAGAGUAUUAUGGAAACAGCGACACUUCCUAUGUUACUCAAUUUAACUACAACAUAGCCUUGAUCUUUAGAGGUAGAUCGAGGGUUUUUCCGAGUAAAUUUAGGGAAAUUAAGGGAUUUCCAAUAGAGUGAUGCUAGUUACAGAGUACCAUGACAGCCUUCCAUACAGAUUACCCCACGGAAUAGGUGCAUGUAGCUGGCUUUUGAAAUCUGCAAUUAGCAUCACUCUUCCGAAAAAGAAAAAAAGAAAGACACAAUAGUAGUUUAAAGAAACAGUCUAUCAGAACGGAUGAUCGGAUGAUCUUGUCCCACCACUUCUCGAAGUAAUGCCAAAGUCUCAUCCCAAAUUCGCUUCUGUGCAACUUGUCCUUGAGCUGAAAGAACAAAUCCUGAGACU